CUAGUUUCAGCCACCGCAGCGGGCAUCAUGGCCGUGGACGUGGCAGAACACCACCUGAGCGUCAUCAAGAGCCCGCCCGACUGGGAGGUGGGCGUCUACGCGGCGGGGGCCCUGGCGCUGCUGGGCAUCGCAGCUGUGAGCCUGUGGAAGCUCUGGACGUCGGGGAGCUUCCCCAGCCCCUCCCCGUUCCCCAACUACGACUACAGGUACCUUCAGCAGAAGUAUGGCGAGACCUACGCAGAGGCCAGGCAGAAGAGAGUGCCUGCCUGGAACACCCAGCGGGCCAGCACUCGGGGGCCACCCAGUCGCAAAGGCAGCCUCAGCAUGGAGGACACCUUUGAGAGCAUCACUGAGCUGGGGCCUCUGGAGCUGAUGGGCCGGGAGCUGGACCUGGCGCCCUACGGGACCCUCCGGAAGUCCCAGUCAGUGGACUCCGUCAACUCCAUCUCCUCCGUGAGCAAUAACUUUGGACAGGACUUCACGCUGGGCCAGGUAGAGGUGAGCAUGGACUAUGAUGCCACCUCCCACACCCUCCACGUGGCCGUGCUGCAGGGGAAGGACCUCCUGGAGCGGGAGGAAGCCAGCUUCGAGUCCUGCUUCAUGCGUGUCAGCCUGCUGCCCGAUGAGCAGAUCGUGGGCAUUUCCCGGAUCCAGAGGAACGCCUACUCCGUCUUCUUCGACGAGAAGUUCUCGGUGCCCCUGGACCCUGCCGCCCUGGAGGAGAAGAGCCUGCGCUUUUCCGUGUUCGGCAUUGACGAAGACGAGCGCAACGUGAGCACGGGCGCCGUGGAGCUGAGGCUGUCGGUGCUCGACCUGCCGCUGCAGCCCUUCAGCGGCUGGCUCUACCUGCAGGACCAGAACAAGGCCACCGACGCUGUGGGCGAGAUCCUGCUGUCCCUCAGCUACCUCCCCACAGCUGAGCGCCUCACCGUGGUCGUGGUGAAGGCCAAGAAUCUCAUCUGGACCAACGACAAGACUACAGCGGACCCCUACGUCAAGGUGUACCUGCUGCAGGAGGGGAGAAAAAUGAGCAAAAAGAGGACAGCUGUGAAGAGGGACGACCCCAACCCGGUGUUCAACGAGGCCAUGAUCUUCUCAGUGCCGGCCAUCGCCCUCCAGGACCUGUCUCUCCGCGUGACAGUGGCUGAAAGCAGCAGUGAUGGCCAUGGGGACAACGUGGGCCAUGUCAUCAUCGGGCCAUCAGCUAGUGGCAUGGGCACCACACACUGGAACCAGAUGCUGGCCACACUGCGCAGGCCCGUGUCCAUGUGGCACCCUGUCCUGCGAAACUAGCAGCCAGGGCAAGGCCAGGGUGGGCACUGGAGCUGCCUGGAGCCUGGCGAAAGCUCAGGGGUGACACCCCUCUCCGUUGUCCAGCUGGAGCCAUGAUGCUGGGGUCCCCGGUGGACUCCCCAUAAGCCAUCUUGGUCCCCCUGUCGAGACUGCAGUGGAGAAGGGGCCCAGGUCUCCCACUGAGGGCCAGCUGUAGCUGGGCACUGACCACCCUUCUCCCAUUUUGAGAUCCCCAACAGGUCUGCCUCU